CCAGCCAGCAGCCCAGCCCACGCCCAACCCCCCCAGAGCCGCGCACGGCGCCCCCAGCCAGCAGCCCAGGCGGACCACCCACCGGACCGGACUACUCAAUCGUCGAUGUUUUCCACUCCAGAUCUUGUAUGUGAACUCUUCGAUCUUUGAAGAUGUCCAAUCGAGGAGAACAUUCAGCCAUCCGCAGUCGUUUAGGUGCACGUGGAGGUGGUCGUGAAGGUGGUUGUGAAGGUGGUCGUGGAGGUGGCCAUGGAGCUGGUCGUGGAGGUGGCCAUGGAGCUGACCAUGGAGCUGGCCGUGGAGGUACUACACGGGUGACCCAACCCUCACUGGAUACCUACUUUGAUGAUGACGAAACUCAAGGUGAAUACUCUGAAGAGGUGGUACCUGAUUCACAAGUAAAUGAAGAAGCUGAGGAUUCUGGAGUCGUUUGGAUGGCACCGGGUGAACUUUGGUUUGAUCACAGUUCCAUUUCGCGGGAUAUUACUAACGUCAUCCAGAAAUAUUUCAAGAGUCCUUGGACGUGUUAUACCAAAGUUGACAAGGAUACAAAAGAUCAUUGGUUCACUCUGUUCAAGAGGACCUAUAAAUGGUUGCCUGAGUUUGAUCACCUUGCUGUGCGUGAUUACCAUGCAAAUGCAUAUAAACGGGUUAAGUACAUCCACUACCAAAUAACAAGAAAGAGUAAUGGAAGGAAGCCAGAUUGGAUGUCUGAGAAAGUGCAUGCAGAUAUGAUGAAGCACGUGGAUGAUGAUGAAUUCAAGAAAAGAUCUGAGCAGGCUAAGAAAAAUAGAAGAGGGGGUUCAUUAACCAACAAUGUUGAACCAUCACAUUUCCAAGGUUCCAUUUCCACAACUGAGGCUGCAAAGAAAAUGGCAAAGGAAAGUGGAGGUGUGAUGCCUACAGCUGGUGACUUAUAUUUGAAGACACACACGAAGGAAGUACCGGGUAAAGGGAAAGUCCCUUGUAGUAGCAAAGCAAAGCAAAUCAAGGUAACUUACUAUUAUUCAAACAAAGCUUAUGAAACACGUUUUAAGUUUAAAAUCAACCCUUAGUUCGUUUAUUUGAAAAAUGGGAGCGAA